AUGGAUUAUAUCGACGGCGAACCGCUUGAUGGCUGCUGGGGCGAUCUCAGUGAUGAACAAAAAUUGGACAUCGCAAAACAGACUGCCCAGAUGAUCAUCGAAAUGCAGUCCAUAAAACUGUUAGAGCCAGGUCCGAUCGGCGGGGGACCAUGUCGCGGUCGUUUCUUUACGCACUACAGUGUCGGUCCUUUCAAGGACGUGUCCGAAUUUGAGGGCUGGUUCAACCACAAACCUUCCCCGUUCAAGUUCACCCAGUUUGUUCUCACCCAUCAGGACAUCAGUCCGCGAAACCUCAUUCUGGACCGAACUGGCCUUGUAUGGCUCGUGGACUGGGCAGAUGCGGGCUCUUAUCCCCCCGCUUUUGAGGCGGCAGCUCUAUGGUCCCAGUCGCAGUUUGUCGACUUUAAUGACAUGGUGCUGUCGUUGCUCCCGCGAUACCCUCUGGAAGAACAGCAAUUAGACUCCAUUGGAUAUGGACUCUCAAUAGCUGCACUGGCUUAA